AUGAAGGUGGCUUGUCCAUUCCGAAACGUGGAGAUUAUGGUUUCGGGGUUGGACGAGUUCACCUCUGAGGAAGAUGUCCGAAAGGACUUUGUGGUAGAGUUUUGCGGCGGGAGUGGCGUUAAGGUAAUAUCCUUGCGUCUGGUCAGGUGGCAGGAGAGGAUACAGAAUCCUCUUUUGCCCGGUAGGAGGGAAGCCGUGGGCCCUGUGCUCCCGGACUGGGUGGAUUGCUGCCACGGGUAUCUUACCUUCGUCACCACCCAGAUCCUAACGGGGCAUGGGGUGUUCGGCAAUUUCCUCCAUCGGAUAGGGAAGGCGGACUCUCCAGCGUGUGAGCACUGCGACUCGGACUUCGACUCUGCGGCUCACACGUUGGAGGAAUGUCCAGCAUGGGAGGAGGAGAGAGCAACGCUCAUUUUCGUGGUGGGCCAGGACCUCUCCCUGCCAUCUGUCGUUAGACAGGGACCAGGAGAAAUGGCGAGCGGUGACGAGGUUUUGUGA